CAGACUCACACACACACUCACUCACACACACUGCUGAGUUGGAGCUGCUGGAGCUGGAUCUGGAUCUGGAUGCGGGCAUCCUUGGAUUCUGCCGCAAACAACGGGCCCACACACUGCACGCAAACUUAACGGGACGAGGAUGGUGCACGGCGCCUCGGCGGUUGGAUAUGAGGCUGCUGGCCGCGCAGGGCAGCGGGGAAUGCGGUCACUGUGACAUUCACUUGCGCGCCCGUGUCUUGAGUUUUAUUGUUCUGGUCCUGUGGACGCAGAGCAGCGACGCUCCGGGAAGAUGUUGAGCCGAUUCAUGAGCGGCAGCAUCAGGAAUCUGGAGCGGGAGUACAGCUGCACCGUCAGGCUGCUGGAUGAUACGGAGUAUACGUGCACCAUUCAGCGUGAUGCAAAGGGACAGUAUCUGUUCGACCUCAUCUGCCACCACCUCAACCUGCUAGAAAAAGACUAUUUUGGCAUCAGAUAUGUGGAUCCUGACAAACAGCGGCACUGGUUGGAGUUCACCAAAUCGAUUGCAAAGCAAAUGAAGUCUCAGCCUCCGUUCACCAUGUGUCUGAGAGUCAAGUUCUACCCCCCUGAUCCUGCUUCUCUUAAAGAGGAAAUCACUCGAUAUCUCGUCUUCCUGCAAAUCAAGAGGGACCUGUACCACGGUCGGCUCCUGUGUAAAACCUCGGACGCGGCCAUGUUGGCUGCCCACAUUCUUCAAGCUGAGAUCGGUGAUUACGACCCCGGGAAGCAUCCAGACGGCUAUAGCUCCAAAUUCCAGUUUUUCCCAAAACAUUCCGAGAGGCUGGAGCGGCGGAUCUCCGACAUACACAAGACAGAGCUGAUUGGACAAACACCUGAAACAUCGGAGAGGAACUUCCUGCAGAAAGCUCAGAUGUUGGAGACGUAUGGCGUCGAUCCACAUCCAUGCAAGGACGUUUCUGGGAAUCCAGCUUUCCUCGCCUUCACUCCGUUUGGUUUCGUGGUGCUUCAGGGAAACAGGAGAGUUCACUUUCUCAAAUGGAACGAGGUGACCAAGCUGAAGUUUGAGGGGAAGACGUUCCACGUAUAUGCAAAUCAGCGGGAGGACAAAAAGAUCAUCCUGACGUACUUCCCGCCCACUCCUGAGGCAUGCAAGCACCUGUGGAAAUGCGGCGUGGAGAACCAAGCUUUCUACAAGCUUGAAAAGUCAAGCCAGGUUCGCACGGUGUCCAGCAGCAACCUGUUCUUCAAGGGCAGCCGCUUCCGUUUCAGUGGACGAGUGGCAAAAGAGGUGAUGGAGCAGAGUGCCAAAAUCAAACGUGAACCUCCAGAAAUACACAGAGCUGGCCUCGUGCCCAGCAGAAGUUGCCCAUCCAUCACCCACGGCCCUCGCCUCAGCAGUGUGCCGCGCACGAGGCGGAGAGCUGUGCACAUAUCUAUCAUGGAGGGUUUGGAGUCCUUGCGUGACAGUGCCCACUCCACGCCGGUGCGUUCAGUGUCCCACAGCGAAUCCUUUAUGCCUCGCUCCCGGAGCCAGGCCACAGACUCCAAUGACGGCUUGGCCGUGAUCUCGGACCAGGCCUACAGCCCCUCUGACAGCGUCCUGCCCACCCCGGUGGCCGAGCACAGCAUGGAGCUGGCCGCCUCACGCCAGGUCAACGGGGCGCCCUGCAGCAUCGAGGAGGAGAAGGAGUCCGAGGCGGGCACACCGACACAGGGGGUUGGGGCUGAUUUUGGUGCGGACGGUAAAUCCGCACAGGAGGCGGGGGACUCGGCCCUCAGCGAGGUGGAACAGGUGAAUAAGUUUGUCCUGAGCGUCCUCCGUUUGCUCCUCGUCACCAUUGGACUCCUCUUUGUCCUGCUCCUGCUCCUCAUCAUCCUCACCGAGUCAGACCUUGACAUAGCGUUUUUACGUGACAUCCGACAGACCCCCGAGUUUGAGCAGUUCCAUUACGAGUACUUUUGUCCCCUGAGGCGGUGGUUUGCGUGCAAGCUCCGCUGGGUGGGCGAGCUGCUCAUUAGCAAGUGAGAGCAUGGCGGUAAGAGUCUCAGAAGACGAGUCUCAGAAGACGAGUAAGACACCGGAGUGACGGAGAGAGCAGCCUUGUCCCAACCAUCGUCCUCCUGCAGACGCACAGCUUGGACCACGCCUGGUAAAACCAGGUCAGGAUCUCUCGUCCUCGUCCCCCCCCUCCUUCAUUUUUGGUUCACCAACCACCAACGUGUUUUGUUUGUUUAUUUUAUUCUAUCUUUUUUUUUUCUACAAAGCCAGAUUACUCUCUCUCUCUUUUUCCAAGUCAUUUCAGGUAUUUUAUUUUUUCAAAUAACACAAAGGAAAAAAAAGUCAAACUGAGAUCGAAGAUAAGAAAAAUAAGAAAACUGAAAAAAAUUCCCUGUACAGGAACAGGAGAUGUUCUUUUAACGUCAGUUGUUAUUUAUUGCUUUUAAAAAAAAUUAAAUAAAGUAUAUUUGUAUUAGAAAAGGAGCAGAGGUGAUGGAAAAGGUAACGAAGGAAGUUGGCAUUCAAGGAUACAAGUGAGUGAGGUUUGGCUGUGUCAGCUGGACACACACAGAAUAGAUGGAGUAAAAACACUCUGUUAAAUAUAACAGUGAAGGUCUGUGAAAUGACGGGGAAAUUACCAAAUGCCUUUUCUGAGAGGACGUCAAAAUCUGUCAGCUGUUUUUUGAAUUUUCUGGAUUGUUGUAGGAAACAAUUACACUUUAGUAAAAAAACAAACAAAAAAAAGAGUGAACAAACUGGUGAAAAUCAAAGUGUUUUUUUUUCCUAACCUUUUUAUAAGGACACACUUUAAAAUAAAACCAGUAUGAAUAGUGUUAAUAUGUGACCCAAUAGAUAAUAUUCAUCAAGUGCAAAGAACUACUGGCACCAGUAGAUUAAUAGACUAGAUAGACGUGCAAUGAUUUUAAUAACAGAGCACUUUAUUUUCAUGUGCUCAUUUAUCGUCAGUUACUUCUCCAAUUAAUUUAAUUUCCCUUCAGUUGAAAUUCAAUGAAUUUCAAUAACUUAUUUGUAUUGUAUGAAGAGUCUAUGAUUUAUUUUGGUUUGAUAUCAACUUUGCUCUUACAGUAGGUCCUGUAUAUCAUCAUCAUCGUCAUCAUCAUCAUCGUCUUAUUAUUAUUAUUAUUAUUAUGAUUACUGCUAGAAUAAGAAAUAAACGGUGUACUUUUUGUACAAAUUAGUUUCCUAAUAGGAUUGACAGGUUUUCCAUGUAUAUUUUAACAGAAUUGAAAUGUUAUUUUGUUAUUGAAAGAUUAAAUUAUACCUUUUUUUAGGUCUGUGUUUGAAGUAAGGUCGGAGGAAUUGCAAAAAUAUGGAAAUGUGUGAAGGACUGAAUCAUCUCUCUUGUCACUCCACCAGCAGUCAAUCACACUUCAGAAAACCUGCGGUUUAAAAAUGUGUAUUUUUACAGGGGGGGGGAUAUUAUGGAGAGACUGCAAAAACCAAAAUAAUCCAAAAACUCAUGUUCACUGUUCAUAACUUGUUGUACUUGAAGAGUCUGAGGAGGCGACUGUGAGCCUGGCCACUGAAACUGAGUUUACGCCACAUCAUCAAGUGACUUUAUUAAGUUAAAAUGUCUGAAUUAGAGCUGAAAUUAUUGACGGAUUAUUGAUUAUUUUGUCAAUCGAAAAAAAAAAUCCACGGUUCACCUUCUUUUAAUGUGAUACUUAUUGUUUUUGUUGUGUCUGUUUUAAUGUAAUCUUCAUUUUAGACUGUUUAAAAACUGUUUUCUUGGAUACACGUUGAGUUCUUGGAGAUAAUACUUUGCAUAUUUCAGUAUCGUAAACACAUAAUUUCACAGUUUGACCAUACUGGAUAUUUUACAAUAAGCCAGUUUUGAAAAACAAUACUUUGGUUGGUCAGGCUCUGAACUCUUCUGGCUCGUAGUUUACUGUAAUGGCUGCUGGAUUCUGGGUAAAAAAAAAAAAAUCUAUUGUUUUGUUGUUUUUGUAUUGUGUGUUAAACCUCCUGUGUCAAGUGUUUGUGUCCGUGCUUAGGAAAGGAAAUGGCAUUAAAAGGGACGUUUAGGGGCGUACAGGACAAGAUAUUUCAUAUUUUGUUGAGAGAUUAAAGUGCAAAGGAGUGAAAUGAAAGGUAGAGAUAAUGAGGACUGAGGUAAAAAAUGACUUUUGACGACUUUUGUGUCCUGGGAAGAUGGGAUUUGUUGACUCAUGUCUUUUCAGCUGUACAGGGUUAAUUUUUUUUGUUUGUUUUGGGCCCUUUUUUUGACAUUCACACCAGCACCUGCAGCUGCUCCCGCUGACGUCUCCGUUUUGCUCCCGUGUAAAUCUGAGCCUGGUGGUCCUCGGCACUUUGGGUGUUGUGGCUGGAUCCACUCCUCCUCCUCCUCCUCCUCCUUUUCACAAACCCGUUAUCUGUGGCAGAGGGAGAAGCACUGACGUUUCCCUCAGCACGUUACAAGCAGAAACACUCAGAAAACAUCCUGUCACAUACAACCUGGGAGUUUAUUUCUAUCUCAAUUUAUAGUUUUUGACUUCAUGAACAGCAGGUGCGAGGAUGAGGCACGUUUCAGGACAGGUUUUGUGUGUGUUUAUACAUUCGUACUUAACGUUUCUUAAGUUCUAAGAGGUCAACGUGAGUGGCGGGACGCGUGUUCUUCAUACAUGUAUCAGCAUUAUGUAGCUUCAGUGGUCCUUCUCUGAACAUGCAACAAUUAAAAAAGGGGCAGCAUCAUUCAUGGAGCAAUAAUCCACUGUAACAGCAAAAAGAUGUGAGCUGCUGUUUUUCCGACCACUCCAGUAAUAAUGUUUAUAUUAAGGAUACAUUUGUCUGUGUGAAGGCGUUUGUUGUGCUGCCGUCUUCUCGGCUGUUUACGCUCAGCGGCAGAUUGAUCAGCGGAGAGUGAAAGACACGAUGUCCAUCUCCAUCAACUGCCCCCUCCCCCCACCCCCCUCCUCACUGCACCAUCCUUGGAUCACCCAGGGCGAGAGGAGGGAAAACUGAGUUUAUUUCUUGUUACACAACUUGUCAUGUUGCCUGUGACGAAUCCAAUUUUACAUUUAUAUUUCAGUUGUCGUGUCAUGUUUACAUAUUUGACUAUUCUUUAUCUUCAUGGGAGGUGGCUACAGUUUUAGGUAAAGAUUGUUGUUUUAACAGCUGAUGCGUACAUCCCCGCCCUCCCCCAAACGCAACGGUGAAAGUGCAGCCGUGCACAUGAACAGACAGACGAGCUACAAAUCCUGUAUUUAAAUGUGUGAUGAAUCCUUAAUAAAAUAUGUUUUACAGGUGUAUAAGGGUUAUUUUUAAGGUUUUAUUUUGAUGACAGGACUGCUGCUGCACUGAAAUCUGAAGUGUUGUUAUUUUUAUUUUUUUUUAUCUUUUACACAUUUUCAGCAGAUAUAUUUUUAUUAUUAUCCAUGAUUGGCUAUCCCUGAAUCUUAAUUUAUAAGGGGUUUUUUGUUCAUAUUUUUCAAGUGCUGAGCAUUAGCAUAGACAAAAAUCACAGAGAUGAGACGAUAUAGAAAAAUAAUUCAAAUAAGAAGGGUUAGGGUUAAAAUUAGUUUACAAUGUUUUUUUGAAGGUAUGUAACAGAAAAGGUUUUUGUAAUGAAAAUUAAUUACAUUAACUGCUGGGUUUUGUUUGUUUUUUUAGCCAAAAAUACAUUAAAGUGGAUGAUGAAUGUACAAGUGAGGGGGUUUAUGAUGAUGACCUGCUGUCUGUGCACUACCCAUCAUUACAUUUGUUCAGUUGUUGACAUUGUUCUAUCGUGGAACUAGGAACUGCUGUUUGAUAACAUUUUAUUUAUAUAUACAUACUCAAGUAUAAAUAUAUAUAAAUCCAUGUGCCAAAAUUCAGCUCUUGUUCAGUCUGAUCCAUUCCGAAUCCAUUUGUACUGUAGGUAACCGUCCUGUACGAGUCGGUAUAAAAUAUUGUUUCUCUCCGAUAGUCCCCUUGUAACUGGUGCCAUGAAAUAAAAAAACUACUGAAGCGUGAAAUAAACAUUGAAUUAAAAAUGU